AUGUCACAUCGCACCGCAAUUGUCACGGGCGCUACAGGCCUCCUUGGCCGGCAAGUGAAGAAGGCCUUUGAGACCAGAGGCUGGACGGCCAAGGGCACUGGCUACUCCCGUGCCGAUGGAGUUGACAUCCUGAAAGUUGAACUGGGGAGCGAGGACGAAGUACGCAAGAUGCUUGAUGAAGUGAAACCUCAGGUUAUUGUCCAUUGCGCCGCCCAGAGGUUCCCAGACAAGGUUGAUAAGGAUCCAGAAGGUGCAAAGGCCUUGAACGUAGAGGCAAGCAGAUCACUGGCUCGCCUGACCGCUGCACGGGACAUCCUGCUCAUUUACAUCUCUACUGACUACGUUUUCCCUGGACCUCCGGGAGAUGCGCCCUACGAGGCUGAUGCAGAACCGAAACCUACGAACCUGUACGGGCAGACCAAGUUCGACGGUGAGAGAGCCGUCCUUGAUGAAUAUGCAAAGGCAGGCAAGACGGGAUUCGGCACGACUCUCCGGGUGCCUGUUCUCUACGGUGUGGCAGAUAAGCCAUCCGACAGCGCCGUCAAUGUUCUAUUGGACAUUGUCCAGAAAGCAGACGCGGAGAAGAGCAAGGUGAAGAUGGACCACUGGGCCAUCCGAUACCCCACAAAUACAGAGGACAUUGGGCGCGUCUGUCAUGAUGUGGCAGAGAAAUACCUCGGCGCGGCGGACAGGAGUACGCUGCCGACUAUCCUCCAGUUCUCCAGCGAGGACAAGAUGACCAAGUAUGAGAUCUGCCAGAAGCUGGGCGAGAUCCUGAACAUAUCGACUGAGGGGAUAGAGCCGAACACACAGGGGAACGAUCCGCAGGCUUCUGUCCAGCGGCCGUAUGAUUGCCACCUCAGCACCAAGGUGUUAAGAGAUUUGGGAAUAGAUGUAUCAACCAUCGAUUUCGCGGACUGGUGGCGCCACUAUAUUCACACGACGAAGUAG